GAUAACAUUAGAGCAUCAACAAGUAUUCAAAAACGAAUCCAAAGAUGCCAUUUGCAACAAAGCUCAAGGUUGCUAUUAUAGGAGCCGGUCCUGCUGGCCUUGGCGCUGCCAUUGAGUUAAACAAACUCGAAUUUGUCGAGUGGAGAGUGUAUGAACAGGCAACGGCAAUUCGAGAGAUCGGCGCCGGGAUCAGUAUUCAGCCCAGCACCUGGCGAUUGCUUGAGAUCUUAGGCGCAGCCAAAAACUUCCACUCUCGUGAUAUUUACCGGCCAAUAGAUAAUCAUGCUGUUCAGCAUCGUAAUGGUCGGACUGGGGAGCUUCUCUCCAGCCAUGGGCAGGUGGAUACGCCUCUCAAUCAACUCCAUGCACGAACUCUGCGAUCAACGUUACAACAGGCAUUGUUGAAAGAAGUCAAUCCAUCGAAGAUCUCGGUGGCCCACCGGCUACUUAAAGUUAUCAGAAGUCCAUCUGGACGUCUAUCACUGCGCUUUGAAAAUGGGCAUACCGAUGACGUGGAUCUUAUCGUCGGUGCUGACGGCGUUCGUUCGGUGGUUCGAAAUUUUAUCUUUCCCGAGCACAAAAUAAGUUACACGGGGAGGACGUCUUACCGCGCUGUUGUGAAUGAAGAAGACAUCGCACAUCUCAACAUACCAGACGCAGUUACCUUUUGGCAUGGCCCCAACUCCUGGCUUUAUACGUGCGGGCUAGGUAGUGGGAAAUACGAACUCACUUCCAUGGGCCGAGAGCCAGAAAAAGACGCCGAUAAAGUCAGCUGGGGACAGGAUGCCACCGUUGAACAACACACGCAGCAUUUUCAGGAUUUCUCACCAAUUGUCCGACAAGUUGCCGAGUUUUCGAAGGAUAUCAAGCAGUAUGCAAUGUUCGCUGGUCCGAAAUUAAAGGAAAUUACCGCCCUUGGGUCUGUGGUCUUGGUUGGAGAUGCGUCUCACCCUUUAUCUGGCGCUUUUGGAUCCGGGGCUGGUUUUGCUCUCGAAGACGUCUAUACUCUAGGCCAAAGCCUAAAAUGGGCUCAUGAGAAGGGGCUUAGUGUUAAAGCAGCAUUGAACCUAGUUGACCGGAUUCGAUCUCCUCAUUACGCAAGACUGUACGCGAUCUUGGAUGAGUAUGCCGCGACUGAUAAAUCAAUAAGAUCCCACGAUCCACCAUUAUCUUUCGAUGAUGCCGUGUCUAUACUUAUAGCACAAACAUGGAGUCGAAAGGGGCAUUGGAUUUAUAACUACAAGAUCGCUGAUGUUUGUAAAGACGCCAUUGAGGUGGAGAAUGCUCGCCUUUCCGGAAAUGCUUUACCUGAUGAAGUGCAAGAUGGAAACGCGGCGAGUCAGUUCAUUAGUGUGCAGGAAUCCGCAAAAUUGUAAAUCACGAGGGUGCCGUGGAUAAAGGUAAAGCCCGAUGGCGUAGAUCGGAAUUCAAAGCUAC